CAUCUUUUCAUGAUUUAAAAAGGUUGGUUAGUUCAAAUAAAAUAAUUAAAAGUUAAUGUAAGACUCUUGCUAAUGAUAAUUUUCUGGAGAACCUUCCAAUGGGAAUCAAACUAACUUGAACUCAUGUAACACAUCAUAAAAAUGCUUAAAGAAUAAUAUGCUUCAUUGUAGAAUUUCUUCCUUUGAUUUUGCAGUUUAACGUUUAAAUGAAAAGCUUUGCCUUCCCUAAAAUAGUCAUAAACCACAGCAGGAAGAACAGCAGAAAAACAAACAGACCAUGAAGCAGAGAUGCUAUUCCGAAACAAUACUAUAAGCUGUUAGACCAACAUGUGAUAUAUAGGGUAGAGAUUUAUCUCAGUUUCUGUUUACAACUAUGUCUAUUUCCGUUUCACAGGUAACAACAGGGAACCUAGCUAAUCGGAAAAGCAAAGAAACAAAACAGAAACAAUGAUAAGCAAGAAAGAGUAUUCCAGAAAUGAAGACCGACAGCAUUUCUCUGUAUUCAGUCAUGUGAAAAAAGUAUUUGCUCAGAUAAUAGCAGGGAUUAGCUGUAAACCGUUGAGGGUGUGGGACACACUGGUCUUGUGCCGAGAGCAUACAAUGGAAAUAUGAUCCAUCAAACACAUCAAUUAGAGAAGAGAGAAGAAAAAGGUGCUCAUAGUGAUGGGUAUUUUGCAAGCUUGCAUGCCACAAGGAUGUAAAACUUGGUUCCCAGGCACUGAAAGUUGAUGGAGUGAUUACACAACUGUGCCGUUGACCUUUCAGGGAUGUGUUCUCAUAGUUAUCUGAAGGAAGAGUCAUUAAAUUUUACUACAGCUUCUCUUAGAAAGAAGGAUUAUGCAACCCAACAAGACAGGCAGCGUAUCCUGGAAACUAUCAAAUACUGAUAGGGAACUAAGCCUCAAAAUCCACACCUAAAGAUGGCACACCCGAGUCACAGAACCCCAAAUAAAUUGGAGCAUGGGAGGAAGUAGAUAUGCUGAAUAUAUGACAUCACAGGAAAUAGCUUUGGAAAACAAGGGGAUGAGGCAUAUGUGAUAGAAGCAUGCAAAUGAGUUGAUAUAUAAUGUGUGCUGUUUUGUCUGAGAGGGACAUUUUUUGUCCACUUACUGGCAUGCUUGGGAACACAACGCAUGUUUUGUCUGGACGCUUAGUAACCGCAUUCUCAGGGCGACAUAUAAACAGAGGUAACCAGGUGGAGGAACAGGAGUGCCACUGAUUCAUCACUUUCUCCAGGAACACAGGAAUGCACAAACAUAGUCAUUUGGUGGAAAUAAAAACAAAAAAUAGAGCUCCCUGUGAGAAACACAAUAGACGGUGAGACCAAUGCUAAUGCCUUGUUGACUUUAAUGCUGACUCCUCUUUAUGCCUUUAGAGGUAAAUUCCAGGAUGAAUCAGUCACCUCAGAUGCAUUCCAUCCAGUACUUUGCCUGACCACAUCCCAGGUGUGGCCCUGGUGCCUGAAGUUCUUGGCAUACUCCGCCUGCACCUGGAGCACAAAACAAAAACACAAACAUGGAAAGACGUUUGGAGGCGUUUUGGGACAGCAUUUUUAAGACGCAUGUUUAUAGUGUUUUACUGAAAAUUUGAGCGUCUUGUCUUUCUUCUAUGCAACCAAAGUUUCUCAGGUAUGACGCAGUAAAUCCUCAUUGAUUAUAUCAAAGUUUGAAUAUCAAAUUUUUGGGGGUAUGUUAUCUCAAAAAAGCUGCAGAUGGGACUAGUUUUCGAUACACAGCUCAGAUACAUUUGUGCUCAUCGUCAAAACAAAACCCCUCUCUAUGUGGGGCAAACUGCAAGUGGAAUGCAAAAGCACUGAUUGUCUCUUCCAAACUCCUGCAUGAGCUGAGAUAAUGAUAUCAAAGCUCUUGGUUAAACCCAGGGUAAGUCUGGUCCCUGACAGACAGAUUUGAAUACCUAAUGGCCAGGAGAGAAGGGACUGGAUGUCCAAAGUAACAGGAUGAAAGAAGUUGAUUCAAGGGACAUUUCCCAUGACAAAACCCCUGCUAUUUCCUGGAGCACUGAGGCUUCAUAUACAAACAUGUCUGGGUGACUGCCAAACCAAAAGGUCAACCAGUGGCCCUCAGGGUUGCAGCUGACGUCAAAGCUCACGUCUAUCAUACCGCCUUAAACCUACAUUGAUCUCAUAUAUCAACAUUUUUUGCAGAAGUAAGUAUAAAAAUCUUAUUCUGAAGGGACUUCAGUGAACUAUGGCUUUAGAGUGGAAUGAAAGUGUCCUCAGACAUUGUGGUCCCACAGCAAGAAUGCAAGGUUCUUUGUGUCAAACGCUGAUAAAUAUCUGCUUUAUUUACAAGCGAACUUGUAUAAAUCACACUAAAUAGGGUAUUGAAUUUGAACCAUUUCACUUUUCUCUAGUGUUUAAAUUAGAAAAUGUUUUCCUUUAGUUUCUAUCAAAAGAAAUCCAAGCAUUCCUUUCAUUGUUAAAAAAAAACAAUUUUUUAUCUAUUUUCUCAGGUUGUCCUUCUUUAAAUUUUAAAAAUUAUCUGAAAUGUUUUUGUGAGAAAAAAGUAAACGAGAAGUAAAGGUGCUAUUACCACAUAUCACACAUACCACAUUCAGUGGUAUGUUUGCUAAGAUACAGACUUGUUUUGUUGUCAUAGAAAUAGACGCCACGAUGAAAGCACAUAUACACAUGACCCCUACCUUAUCAGGCGGCCAUAUUUUUACAGUAACAAAACAUGUCAUGCAAACAGAAAGGAAUGCAAUUGAUCAGUGACAUUCUAUUGUAGCAUGAACUUUUUGUUUCUAUUUUCCAUUUGUGCUGUCAGAAAAGAAUUAAAAAUAUGUAAUAUUUUUAGGUCAGUAAAAGCCAGCAUCUUCAUGCCAUUCUUGAUGUGAUCAACUGUUAACAUGUUUGCUGCUUUUCAGCAUUCCAGUUAUGAGAACGCUGCUCUCCAUCCUCAUACCAGGAUCCCAGCAACUGUCACAAAUUACGUCAGAAAAAUUUUUCUUAUCAGGUUCAAAAGGUGGAUUUAAAAUUUAAAGUCUUAUGAGGUAAUUUUGUUCACAGGAACAAAACGAAUCAUCUACCAAAAACGUUCAUCAAAAUUUGUCAGGUAUGGCGUGACAUUUAAUUUCACCACAUUCACCGCAGCACGUCUGUAGUUGUUUCACUUCUGCUCAAUUCUUUCACACGGGACAUCCUGUUGAGCACAUCUGCAUCUGUUGCCUCACUACAGUAUAGAUCUGAUUCUGUGUCUGCAUGCGUUCACGUGUCUGUUCUUUCACCACAUUAGCAUAAAAACGCACAGAUUUCGUGUUGCUGCAGAGCAUUUUGGUUCCAGUGCUGAACUGUUUGCAAAGUGGUUUCAAUGCGGUGGUUCUCUGCAUCAAAUGUCUAAAAUGAGUCUCACAUUUUCUUUCCUUUGUAUUCUGAAAAAUGCCACAAAGACAUGUGGCGGUGCACGUGGGAUAAUGGAAUAACUUUCCUCUCUCUUCUGCUCUCAUUUCACAGCUGUAAGAUUUUCAAAAGUCUGCUUGCCCUUGUGAUGUGGGUUAGUCUUGCCAGAGAGUAAUUUUAAUGUUUUUUCUGGGUCACUGUGCACUUCCAGUGGACCUCUCGGUAAUUAUUGGGCCUCAGAGACACUGUGGGUCAUGUACAGCAAAAAGCUUCCAAAACUGCCCAUGCUUUCACCAGACUGUCAGAAUGGAUCUAAGGCCAAACGACUGAGACCGGCUUGAUUGUGUGCAGAGGUAAAAGUGACUGAAUAUUACACAGAGCUGAACAGAUAAUCGUUUUCUGUUCCCUUACUCAUCUAUCAACUCAUCUUCAUCAUUUUUCAGUAAUGCAAUCUUCUUAUGUACAACUUUAACAUGAAUUAUAGAGAAGAAACAUCAUAUUCCAGAACAAUUGACCUCUGCAGGUCAACUGGACACCCCCACUUCUCCCAUUUUGCAAGACAUAGAACAUCUAAAACCCUCUGAGGUCAGUCAGUUCAAAAGCUUAAAACAAUGCAAGGGAGUUGCAGAAAUUUCAGAGAGGCUCAAGGCUCACUGUUAUCUGUCCUGCAGACUCCGGGACAGCAGCCAAACUGAUGCCAUCUCAAGGAGAGGAACGCAACAAAAUGGCAGGAAAUUCCUACUCGGUUUGCUCCCAUCAGAAAAAGAAAUUCUUUUCAAAUGUGGCUACCGAGCAGCAGCAGCUGUUCUUAAAAAACAAUACAAUUACUGCGGCAUUGUCAUGUAACAAUGACCAGAAUGGAACUGUUCACAGAACCAGGAAACAUAUCGAGCUUAGUCUGAACUUAAAAAGAAAAAAAAACUUUUUCUGCAUGGAGCACAAGCUUUUUAUUUAACUUUUUAUUUUUAUUUUUAUAAGGAUUUGCUGUCACAGUCAUGCAAAACAACAAAGAAUAGAGAUCUAUAGUUUGUACAAGAGGCCACCUAGUGGUAACUCAUCUAUAUGCACAUAGAUUUUUAAAAGAAAAUACUUGAUUAAAUUAAUUAAGAACAAUGAGGGAUAUGUUUGUUCCUGAGCUGCUGGUAGCAGUUUGAAUGUAAAAAGGUUUGAUCUCCAAGUCAUUCAUUAGAUUAAGCAUUUCUUGUUAGUUUUUUCAGUGUAACCUUCCUUCCAAUGACCUAGAGAAGUCGUAUAGUUCAUUGUGUUAAAUUAAUUAUUAAUUAUCACUAUACAGUUAAUGUAUGAAACUGUCAUACAUUAAAUAUGUUUUUAAAACUGCUCUAUAAACCAGAUAUGAAAACAAUAGUCAAACAAUCUUGUGCUAAACCUGUAUUACUCAUCACAAAGUAAUGGUAAUGGUAAGUAAUCUGCAAACCAGAGAUCUUCUCUUUACUACAGAGUCAAGAGAAAACCUAUUAUUGUCUUUUUAUCAAUAAAACAUAGCUUAUUUGCUAUAGGAGUGCCAUUAUGAACUUAUGCUGCCAUCUGGUGCCUACAGUGGAAACACUGAAACUAUGACAGUAUUAAUCCAGCUGUUUUAAAUAUUUAGAUUUCAGACCACUAUAAUCUCGUACUCUUGUUAUUGUUAUUGAUGUGGCCAGAAAUUUUAGCAAGGCACAUAAAAAACAAGGUUCAGUUUCCCACACAUCUCCCUCCAAAUAACAAAACAAGCCAAAAUAACAAGGACAUGAGAUUUAAUGAAAGAACUCCAGGUGGUUGAUAACGUGUGGCCUUGUGAUGGUCUGAGAAGAGUUUUCACCAGCCCCUAUCACACUGCUUGACUCACUUUGAUCGUCUGUACUUUGCAGCAGUUCUGUCUUUUCAACCAGGACAUUUUUAAGACACCAGCAUGUCAAUGGAGAAGAAGGUUGUGUUGAUCACAGGAUGCUCAUCUGGGAUCGGACUCAGCUUGGCUGUUCGACUGGCUUCUGACACCAGCAAAGUGUUCAAAGUGUAUGCCACAAUGAGGAACCUGGCCAAGAAAGAACGACUUUUAGACUGUGUAAAAGGUCUGCACCAGGAUACAUUGGAAAUACUUCAAAUGGACGUGACUAAUAGACAAUCCAUCCUGACAGCACGAGACAAAGUUGUGGAGAAACGGGUGGACAUUCUGGUGUGUAACGCCGGUGUGGGUUUGAUGGGACCCCUGGAGGUUCAGUCCUUAGACUCAAUGAGGCAUAUUCUGGAGGUCAACCUUCUUGGCACCAUCCAGACCAUGCAGGUGUUCUUGUCAGGAAUGAAAGCACAAGGUCAGGGCCGGAUUCUGGUCACGGGCAGCACCGGAGGGCUUCAUGGUCUUCCUUUUAAUGAGGUGUACUGUGCCAGUAAGUUUGCAAUUGAAGGCGCAUGUGAGAGUCUGGCUGUCCUCCUGCAACACUUUAACAUACAACUCAGUCUCAUCGAGUGUGGUCCGGUCAACAGUGACUUCUUGAUUAACCUGCAGAAGGCAGAGCUCGGGGAUUCAUCCCUGCAACAGGUUGAUGGCCGAACGCUCAGUCUGUAUGAAAAAUACCUGCAACACUGCAGCACGGUUUUCCAAAAUGCUGCACAGGAAACUGAAGAUAUUGUUGAGGUAUUUCUAGAUGCCAUCCAUUCCGCCAGUCCUGCAUUCAGAUACUUCACCAACAGCGUCAUGCCACCUCUUACCAAACUGAAGGUCACAGAACCAGAUGGAAUGGAAUACAUCAAAGCUAUGAGCAAGAUCAUUUUUGCAGAUGAGGACCAAUAACUGCAGAAAUGUGGCUUUUUCAUCCAAGAAACCACUUUAUCUGCAAACCUUGCCCUAAGUGAAAAGAAUAGUGUUUGUUUUUUCUAAUUUUAGCUUCUGGGGCAAAGGUGAUGAAAUGAGUUUUGUAAGAGGAGUUUGCAAAAAAAUGCAACUCCACAUUCUAUAUUUGUCUGAGAGUUAUUGCUUGUGGAGUAAUAUUUGAUAAGGAUUACGUAUAUUGUCUUAAGUCAUUCCACAACCUUUACAUUAGUUUAUUUCAACAAAGCUUUUUAUCUCACAUUCCAUAUUUUCUCUGGGAUUGCAGUGCUUCAUGCUAGGCUCUUGCAUUAGAUUGUUGAAACUGAAAAUUUUCUAAAAAUGUACCUAUGUAACUCUAAUUUGCUAUUUUUAAUGUAUGGAAAAAAGCUGUCCCAUCUUAAAGCAAGACGCCAAAACUGGCUGAACGAUGGUCCAUGUAAAGACCCAAAACCUGGAAUAAUUAUUGGGUGUCACGUCAUAUUAAUAUCCACACAUAAGUACAAAAUGAUGAAUGUCUGUAUAUGUGUAUUUGCAUGUAUGCACUUUGCAGUUUUUACUUAUAAAAACAAAAGUUCUCCAAGCCAAACUGAUCCUAAAGUGAAAAGCAAUAACAGUUAUAGAACAUAUAUAUAUAUAUAUAUAUAUUGUACCAAAGUUUGAAAGAAACAGACUGCAUUACGUCACUGCAUCAUGAGAUGUUCAGUGUACUUAGUGAAAGGCGUGUGACAAAACAUCAGCCAAAGCAAACACAGUACAAAGAAAUCCAAUUGAACCUUUAAUCAAAGAUAUAUGAAACAAAGGGCUCCUGCAAGUCCUUUCUCUUUCAGCAAGAAUCGAACAGGGUUAGAAGUCAAAAAAAUGUUUACAAACAUUUGUCUAAUUUGAAUUUUACUGACAUUAAAGUAUAUUU